ACCUGUGGUGUAUGUAUAUAUAUGAGUGUACAAAUAGGACCAUCACAAAGUGCGCCUUCACAGCAUUCGAUCAAGUCGAUCAAGGGAACGUCUGCUUUUCCAACUAGUCAAGUUUCGAAGCUUCGCUGUCUAUUAGCCGCAGAAAUGAGAGUCACUUUCGUGUUAUUGGGCCUCCUGGCGGUUAUUGCCGGUACUUCCGCCAUGCCGGCAGCCAUGGACAUUUUCCAGAAACUCAACCAUGUAGUGGAAUUUCCUCUAGUCCGCUCCGGUGAAAGCUCGGAUGAAAGCACUGAAGAAACUACUGAAGACAGCACUGAGUCUGCCGAAGACAGAAUGGGCGACAACAGAUCUGGCGGGAGCAGCAGUGAAGAAACCACCGAAGACAGUGUUGAGUCCGCCGAAGACAGGAUGGGUGAAAACAGAUCUGGAGGGAGCAGCAGUGAAGAGACCACCGAAGACAGUGUUGAGUCCGCCGAAGACAGGAUGGGUGAAAACAGAUCUGGAGGGAGCAGCAGUGAAGAAACCACUGAAGACAGCGUAGAGUCCGCCGAAGACAGGAUAGGUGAAAACAGAUCUGGCGGGAGCAGCAGUGAAGAGACCACCGAAGACAGCGUUGAGUCCGCCGAAGACAGGAUAGGUGAAAACAGAUCUGGCGGGAGCAGCAGUGAAGAGACCACCGAAGACAGCGUUGAGUCCGCCGAAGACAGGCUAGGUGAUUUAGUUUAGAGAUUAUGAGGAGUCACUACAUAACAGGGAAGCAACUGGAAAAUGGCCAAAACGACUAUUCCAGCAAGGACGAUUAUGAUGAGGAUGAUGACAGAAAAAUAAAAUAAGUCAUAAUUAAUAACUGUAAUAACCUUUCAACUUUUUGAAGAAUAUGCUUCUUUGCUUUUGGCAUUUACAAAUGUGUGUUAAGUUCUGGUAAAUUCAACUAAUGAAAAUACCCCUGUUCAAUUCUUUUGAUUAGUAAACCAUUUAAAACUAA